AUGGCUUCAACAGAGACAACUGCAAAGCCGGAGCAGCCAGACUCGUCCCGAGUUGAUGAAAGCCACGAGAUUGCUCAGGAUUCGUCCCCAGAUCAGUCAACAGACCCGAAAAUGGAGCAAAGUCUUCAAACGACCUCAGCUGAUUUGGACCAAAUCCGUGAGAGUCUCGGUAAUCCAACGUCAGUUGAUGAUAAGCAGAAGUAA